CAGAAAAAUAAUAAAUAAUCUAUUAACGUUUCUAUGUCACAAAAGCUCCUUUGCAAGUUGCAACCUUUGUUUUCUCCUGAAACAGUAGAUGGAAAUCACGGAAGAAGAUUGAAAGAAAGAAUGGGCAAAAAUGGUAAGGGAUGUGCCAUAGGAAUUGACCUUGGCACCACCUACUCGUGUGUUGCAGUUUGGCUGGAGCAACAUGGCAGAGUAGAGAUCAUUCACAAUGACCAAGGAAACAAAAUUACUCCCUCCUUUGUUGCUUUCACAGAUGAUCAAAGAUUGAUUGGUGAUGCUGCUAAGAAUCAGGCUGCAACAAACCCUGAGAACACUGUCUUUGAUGCUAAGAGGUUAAUUGGAAGGAAGUAUAGUGAGCCCAUUAUCAAAAAUGAUAUGAUGUUAUGGCCAUUCAAGGUUAUUGCGGGUGACAAUGACAAACCCAUGAUUGUAGUCAAGUAUCAUGGUAAGGAGAAGCAUCUUUUUGUUGAGGAAAUAUCAUCCAUGGUUCUCACAAAGAUGCGAGAGAUUGCAGAGGCAUAUCUGGAGUCACCUGUUAAGAAUGCAGUAAUCACUGUGCCGGCCUAUUUCAAUGACUCUCAGCGUAAAGCCACUAUAGAUGCUGGUGUUAUUGCUGGCCUCAAUGUUAUGAGGAUAAUCAAUGAACCCACAGCUGCAGCUAUUGCAUAUGGACUUGACAAGAGAACUAAUUGUAAGAAAAAGCGAAAUAUUUUCAUCUUUGACCUUGGAGGUGGUACUUUUGAUGUGUCUCUCCUUACAAUUAAAGGGAAGGAAUUCAAAGUCCAAGCCACAGCAGGAAAUACUCACUUAGGAGGAGAGGACUUUGAUAGCAGAAUGGUGGAAUACUUUGUAGAAGAGUUUAGAAGGAAGAGCAAAUUGGAUAUCAGUGAAAAUCCUAAAGCCCUAAGAAGGUUGAGAAGUGCUUGCGAGAGGGCGAAAAGGACACUCUCAUGGACUACAUGUACCACAGUUGAGGUAGAUUGUUUGUUUCAGGGCAUUGAUUUUUGUUCAUCAAUAACUCGUUCAAGGUUUGAGGAACUUAACAUGGACCUCUUUGAAGAGUGUAUGGAGACAGUGGAUAGGUGCCUCAAUGAUGCUAAGAUUGACAAGUGCAAAGUGCAUGAUGUUGUCCUUGUUGGUGGAUCUUCUAGGAUUCCGAAAGUGAAGGAGUUAUUGGAUGAUUUUUUCAAGGGGAAGAGUCUGUGCAAGAGUAUCAAUCCUGACGAGGCCGUUGCUUACGGUGCAGCUGUCCAGGCUGCUUUGUUGAGCAAAGGUAUUAAGAAUGUUCCUGACUUGGUGCUCUAUGAUGUUACACCGCUGUCUCUUGGUAUUUGUAUAAAAGGAGAUAUCAUGAGUGUGGUGAUUCCAAGGAAUACUACUAUUCCUGUAAAGAAGACAUACUGUUACACGACAAGUGCAGAUAACCAAUCCAGUGUUCUGAUUGAGGUUUAUGAGGGCGAGAGAGCUAGAGCAAGUGAUAACAAUUUGCUCGGUUCCUUUGAUCUUUUUGGCCUCCCUCCUGCUCCUCGUGGCCAUCCUUUUGAUGUAUGCUUUGCUAUAGAUGAAAAUGGUAUUCUAUGUGUUUCCGCUAAGGAAAAAACCACUGGCAGUAAGAAUGAAAUCACCAUAACCAAUGAUAAAGGUAGGCUAUCGGCCCAUGAAAUUAAAAAGUUUAUUCAAGAAGCUGAGAGUUUCCGGGCUGAAGACAAGAAAUUCCUUAGAAAGGCCAAUGCAAUGAAUUCUUUGAAUGAUUACAUCUACAAGAUGAAGAAAGCUUUGAAGAAUGAUUAUAUUAAUUCAAAGCUUAGCUCAGAAGAAAAGGAGAAGAUCAGUUCCGCAAUCACAAAGGCUACAAGUUUGCUAGAUGGUGGUAAUAAUAAGCCAGGUGAAAUAGAGGUGCUUGAGGAUUAUGCAAAGGAGCUUAAGAUCAUGUUUGAACCCAUUGUAGGCAAAAUUGACUUGUUCUUUUCAUUUUACUAGAGUUUUCCUUGUACUGCCUAGUCAUUGUCUUUUUUUUUCCUUCUCCGGAAAGAAAUUUUGUCUUUGAUGGCGCCAAAAAGUCA